UUUCCCCCAGGCCUCUCGACGCAGCCCAUCUGGCGCAAGCUGUGGGACGACGUGAUGAAAACCAGGCCGCCCAACUCGGAGAAUAUAACCUGUUGGAGGAAGAAGUUCCUUGAAACAUUCUUCUCAAAUGUUCUUCAUGGUGUCUUGGACGUGUCCUCUGACUGGCGUCUCAACGACCAUCACUUUUCACCGCUGCUGCACAGCUCCCCGCACGUUUCCCAGCUUACCCUCUGCAACAUGCUGCAGGGUGCGGUGGAACUCACAGCUGAGCACAACCAGAAAGUGCUUGACAACCUGGCUGGCUCCCUGCAGAUCCUGAAGUUCCAGCACCUCCUCUCCUCCGACCAGUCCAUCAGGCGUUCGCUGGUUUUACUUCUUCACCGGCUGAUUCACCACGGCUCUGUCAGCCAAGUGUCCAUGUAUUCCUGGCCUGUUCCCGACACAGUUCUUCUCGUUCUCAUUUUGAGCAUGAGUGCUGGGUUUUGGCGCUCGGGAAAUGCUCUUGCGUAUCAUAGCAGCCCGUGUGGCCUUUGCAGGGAGGAGGACAAAGCCCAAAGCCAGGAAUCGGCGCAAGAGCGAGCGGAGAGCAGCCGUUGUGAUGAGAGGGAGUGGAGCGAUGGCGAGAACCAGAAGCGAUCCCCCAGGGCCUCGGAGGAGCCUAAUGCGGAGGUGCGUGGAUGUGGAGCUGACACUCACCUGAACCCUGUCCUUUCCGGACUGAGAAGUCCUCCCUUGCGAAACCAAGCAUGCAAUGAGGCAGGUGGCAAGGUGCCCCAUGACCACACCAGUGUUCAGGGAGGAUCUUCUUGCUGCGUCUCAGACCCACUGUCCUGUCACCCCAUUCUUCGAAAGACACGCAGGCGGCUGAAAUCUGCAGUGGGGAAGAAACGUCGCUGCCUCAGACGGAGCAGGGGACCAUACGCUGACCCAGAAGACCUGUACGAUUUUGUUUUUGCUGUUGCUAGAGAAGAUAAUUCAAGGUUACUUGACAAAAACAGCGCCACAGAGGGAGAAAACGCUGAGAACUGGACUAGUUCCUCCCCGGGAUCUCUGUGCACUGGCCAUGCUGGCUGUAAGAAAAGAGGAGGAUCUGCUGGGAUCUUUUCUCUGAAGGCUGCUCACCGCUUCCGAAGCGUGUCCACGCUGGAAUUGUUCUCCAUUCCUUUGACUGGGGAGACAUGUCGGACUCUGAGUAACCUGCUGAGCUCCUGGGUGUCUUUAGAAAACUUGGUUCUGUCUUACAAUGGCCUGGGUGCCAACAUCUUCUGCAUCCUCUCUGGGCUCCGGGCCCUCUCCCGCCACUCGGACUGCCGCCUCCGCGUGCUGCGCGUGAGCGAUGUCUUCUCCCACAUGCCCUGCAUGGAGCUUGUUCGCUGCAUCCUGAGCGCCUUUCCCCAGCUCCACACGCUCUCAGUCAGCUUCGACCUCAAAAACCAGCUGGAGGGGAACAGGCCUGAGGGGAAUCCAAGCUGCAGCGAGGCAGAAAUCCCAGAGAGCUGCCUGGAGCAGCUAGAGAUCCGAUUCCCCAGGGAACCUCUGGACACCGCCUUCCUGCUGCCAGUGCUCAAGGCAUCAAAGUCCCUCCAGCAGUUGUCUCUUGACAGCGCCACGCUGCCCUCUUCUCAGGAGCUUGGGCUCCUAUUGGAGGUGCUCAAAGAGUGUAAUCCGAAUUUGAAGAAACUGAGCUUUCAUGAUGUGAACCUGGCUGAGCACCAGAAAGAAGUUCUACUUUUGCUUCAGGAUCCCGUCCUGCAAGAAAUCACGUUUUCCUUCUGCCGUCUGUUUGAGAGCUCUACUACUGAGUUUUUGUCGGAAAUAAUCAAUACAGUGAAAAGAAAUUCAUCCUUGAAGAGCCUCAAACUGCCUGGGAAUCGCCUUGGGAAUCACAGGCUGGUUGCCCUUGCAGAUAUUUUCUCUGAAGAUUCCUCCUCUUCUCUUUGCCAGCUGGAUGUCAGCUCAAAUUGCAUCAAACCUGAUGGGCUCCUGGAGUUCACAAAGAAGCUGGAAGGCCACAUCCAGCAGAGAGGGGGACAGAUUCAAUUCACACACCUCCGCCUCUUCCAAAAUUGGCUGGACCAGGAUGCUGAAACAGCUCAAGAAGCGCUUCGGCGUCUCAAAGCUGUCUGCAGUGUGGUCAAUGACUCGUGGGACUCUUCCCAGGCCUUUGCUGACUACAUCAGUAUCAUGUGAUGGACACAUGAGGAGGAGAAAACCGAUCAGCUUGAGCUAAACAAUUCAGUCCCUGUCCAGUAAGAUUUAUUUCACAGCACAGGUGGGUGGUUCUUCCCCUGGUUCAAGCAGUAUACAGUUGUUCUUGUCACUUUUCUAUUCAUUUGAAGAAGAGGUACCACAGUGAAGUGACACACAAGACCAUGUGGGCCAACAGCUGUGUUUCUAACAUGAUCUCACUCUAAACAUCUUCUCAGUGUGAAUAGUUUAAGUGGGACAGGUAUCAGAUGAACUUCUGUGACUUCCUGCAGAUCUCUGGACAAGCAGUUAUUUAUUACGCUGGGUGUUGUUGCAAAUUUCAUGUUGUUUAAACCAACAUCUCAUGAAUAACUAAUCUCCAUCCUUGGAGAGACUCAAGCCAUCUGGUUGUGGUCCUUAGCAACCAGCUGUAGGUGACCUUGCUUUUGAGCAGGGGCAUUGCACAGUAAUGACCUCGAGGUCCCUUCCAACUUCAACCAUUCUGUGAUCUGUGAAAUAAGAACUCCUCCCUCCAUUUAAAAGGAGUAGCAAGCAAGCUAAAAAAGCCCCCAGCCUUGACCUUUUACAGUUGGAACAUUUUACUUUUACAUAAGAAAAAAAAAAAAAAAAGUUCUUUAUGUACCAGGUAGCCUGCUGUUUAUUUGCAAUCAUGUUGCCCUUCUCCAA